GUAUAUGCGUUUUUUUUCUAAAACCGUACUACAGUCAUGAUGGUUCUUGAUGUACCAUUUGUCACGUUCUCAGCUUGAAAGAUUCCCACGGUGGAUCGAUCCUUUGUUUACUCCUCAAGAUAGAUUCCUUUACGCAGUGGUACUGGCACUUCCUUGUCAAAUAUUAUGAUCAAUGUUCAACCGAUAAAUAAAAUCCAAAAGUCAUUGCACAAAUUACCUAUUUCAACUAGACGCGUCAGUGGCAUUCCCACUUUUGGUGUUCUUUGGGAAGAAGCACAUAUGUUGACUCAUUCUCCUUUCAUUCUCUACUCGAUUUACAUUCUUGUUGUCAACUUCAAGAUAAUAUUGAUAUGGGUUGCUGUGAAUUCAAUUCUAUCAAGUUUUUCUUUGGUCAUUGAAAAAUAUCUUGAUCAAGUUGGUAACAAAUCAAGAAAUGAAGUAGCUCAACCUAUACGACCUCCGUUGGAUCCUUUUGUGAUGAUUGAUUGUGAUGCUGUUGGACCGGUGAUUCCCUCAAAACAAGUGCAGUACUCUAUCUCUUUAUUAUCGUUAUAUUACAAAAUUCCAAUAAAAUCAACUUUUUACAACUCUAGCUUUCGUGUGCCUGUGAAUGAGGAAUGUAGUUUAUUGAAUACUAUUUCGAUGGUUGUUAUGAAAAUCUGUGUAUAUGUGUACGUGCUUGGUACGUUUGAUUCUGUACCAUUAAUGUCAACGACAAACAGUACAGAUAAUAUAAACAGUAACUAA